UUAUUUCCAUGAAGGUUUAAGUGCGCUUUAAUCUCCUCCCACCUGCCUGGUAAGGUUGCGCGCUGCCGGUGAGUUUUAUAGCAACUGUUGCCCAGUGAAGCAGCGCCAUAGUCACCGUAGUCCUGGCGACUGUAACCCACCAACAACAACCUCUCGCUCCAUCAUUACCACCUCCUCCACCAUCCUCAUCUUCAUCAACCAGUCCACAGCUCAGGCGCCAUGCAGACCCCUGAAGCAGGCGCUGACUCCACCUCCACUGUCCCUCUUCAGACCACCGUGCCUGUCCAGCCUACCGGCUCCACCCAGCAGGUGCCUGUUCAGCAGCAGGCCCAGACUGUUCAACAGGUUCAGCAUGUUUACCCAGCACAGGUGCAGUAUGUCGAGGAAAACAGUGGCGUCUACACCAAUGGCAACAUAAGAACCUACUCGUACUCAGAGCCGCAGCUGUACAGCCAGAACAGUGGAGGGAGUUACUUUGACACGCAGGGCAGCUCGUCGCAAGUGUCCACUGUGGUGACAUCUCAUGGCAUGACCAACAACGGAGGAGGCAGCACUGGAGGAAUGACCAUGGGUCUGGCGGGGGGUCAGGUAAUCAGCAGCAGUUCUGGGGCUUACCUCAUGGACAACGCUGGACCGCACCCUGCCACCCAGACAGCACGAGCCUCCCCAGCUACUAUUGAAAUGGCGAUUGAGACGCUCCAAAAAUCUGAGGGUUUAUCCAGUCAGAGAAGCUCGCUGCUCAACAGCCAUCUCCAGUGGCUGUUGGACAAUUAUGAGACAGCAGAGGGAGUAAGUCUACCACGAUCCACCCUCUACAAUCAUUAUCUGCGCCACUGCCAGGAGCAGAAACUGGACCCUGUAAAUGCAGCCUCUUUUGGCAAACUCAUCCGCUCCAUCUUCAUGGGACUCCGUACAAGGCGCCUCGGGACAAGAGGGAACUCCAAGUAUCAUUACUAUGGUAUACGUGUGAAACCAGAUUCCCCGCUCAAUAGACUCCAAGAAGACAUGCAGUACAUGGCCCUCAGGCAGCAACCUGUUCAGCAGAAACAGAGGUUUAAGCCAGUGCAGAAGUUUGAUGCAGGCUCUGGGGAGAAUUACUCAGGUGGAGGGCAGCACCACCCUGGUGCAGAAGAGCAGACGGUCAUUGCGCAGAGUCAGCAACACCAGCAGUUUCUAGAUGCAUCACGGGCACUCCCUGACUUUGUAGAGCUGGACCUGGGACAGAGCAAUACAGAGAACAUCAGCCCAGAGGACGUGAAAGCUCUCCAGUCCCUUUACAGAGAGCACUGUGAGGCUAUCCUGGAUGUGGUUGUCAACCUUCAGUUCAGUCUAAUUGAGAAGCUGUGGCAAACAUUCUGGCGUUAUUCACCCCCCGACACUGUAGAGGGUGCCACUGUAACAGAAAACAGCAGCAUAAGUGAGAUUGAAGCGCGGCUCCCCCGAUCGCAGCUCUUGGUGCUGUGCAGAAAUGAGGCUGUACUCAAGUGGAUGAGCACCUGUGACCAUUUAAUGUACCAGGCCCUUGUGGAGAUCCUCAUUCCUGAUGUCCUGAGACCCAUUCCCAGUGCCUUGACUCAAGCCAUUCGCAACUUUGCCAAAAGCCUGGAAGGUUGGCUCAAUAAUGCCAUGAAUGCCAUUCCACAGAGAAUGAUCCAGACCAAGAUUGCCGCUGUUAGUGCCUUUGCGCAAACAUUGCGCAGAUAUACAUCUCUGAACCACCUGGCUCAGGCGGCACGUGCCGUGUUGCAGAACACAUCACAGAUCAACCAGAUGCUGAGUGAUCUCAACCGUGUUGACUUUGCUAAUGUACAGGAGCAGGCAUCAUGGGUGUGCCAGUGCGAGGAGGGGGUGGUUCAGCACUUGGAGCAGGACUUCAAGGCCACACUACAGCAGCAAAGCUCUCUGGAGCAAUGGGCAGCCUGGCUGGAUAAUGUGGUCACUCAGGUGCUCAAGCCCUACGAGCACCGGCCCAGCUUCCCCAGGGCGGCUCGCCAGUUCCUGCUUAAAUGGUCCUUCUACAGUUCGAUGGUGAUCAGAGACCUGACCCUGCGCAGUGCUGCCAGCUUCGGUUCCUUCCACCUGAUCCGCCUGCUCUAUGACGAGUACAUGUUUUACCUUGUGGAACAUCGUGUGGCUCAAGCUACUGGAGAGACGCCCAUUGGUGUCAUGGGGGAGUUUGACAGCCUCAGCACCUUAUCCCUUGCUAACAUUGAUAAAGAUGAAACAAGUGGGAUGGACAGUGACUUAGAAGAGGACACGGAGGAGUCCGGGGAGCCUCUCGCCAAACGGGAAAAGUCGGAGCACGAGGUGAUCCAGGUGAUCCAGGUCGGGGCGCUCGAGGACGGGUCUCACCCUGUGGUGGGUGUCGUCCAGCCGGGUGUCCUCCACUCGCUGCCCCAGCCCCCGCAGGACCACACCGAGCACAUCCUCACCCCCUCUGCCGCUACUCCCACCAUCCGUCACUGCAGCACCACAGGCAACACCUACGCGUCCGUUUGAGGGUCUGAAGGCACAGCCCCAUCGUCUGCGGCCUAGCUUUGCUGUCUCACUCUCCACAUAUCUUUCUCUCUGUAAGUCUCGAUGUUUGCGUCUCUUUCAUGCAUUGUCUCUGUCUGCACUCGUGUGGACGUGCUCUCCCUUCCCUAUCCGGCCUGGUCAGUGGAGGAGUGAUGAAAUGGCGAUGCUCUGGCCAAGAUGUGCUGUCCUUGUCUGACUGCUUAGAUUCUGGAUGUGCUGUCAUCCCGUUAAGUCUGUGCUGUAACACAAUACAGCAGCCGGCGGAAGGGACCUGGAGGAAAAGGACUAAUUUGACCCGUUUAAUUGUCGCCCAUUUAGGUAUGACUUACCGCCUUUUGUCUGUGUAUACAGAUGGGUUUUAUUCUGAAGGAAAAUUCAACUCCUUCAAACUACUGAUGUCUCAGAGCUCAAAUCCAUGUCACUAGUCCCAGUGGAGCAAAGGCAUUGAUUGACUCACCUAUUGUACAUAGUUUUGCUGUUCUUUCAAUUGGUAUUUCCCAAAACUCAUGGUGCUAUCGUUGUGUUUUGUUUUGUUUUAAUUUUCGAAUUAUCCCUCCUAAUUUGAGUAUAAUUUAUGUCGACAUGCAUUCCAACUGCUGAUACACUUUUGGUUGAACAAAAUGUUUUUUGAGUAUUGUAUGUAGCUAAAAAACAAAGGGACAACUUUCUAUUUAUGUAUGACAUUUAAAUAAGGAUCACAGAGCAGUUUUGUCUGUUCUGUUUGAAGAUUAUUUGGUAGCUGCCUGCCGAUGACCACUCAUAGCUUUUAGCCACAGAAAAAGAUCCCCCUAAAGAAAUGUCUGUGCUGCUACUACUGUAUAUAGACAUGAGACUGAGAAGAAAGGCUGUUAAAAAAACAACAAAAAACAAACAAAAAAAAAACACUUCCUCAAUGCUAGCUUUUCUAUGCACUCGGUGCAUAUCGCUUGCCUUUGUUCAUUUUAGAUGCUCUGUAGUGUGGUUUAUGUGACGAGCUGUAAUCUUGCAGACAACUUACUGGACACGUUUCCCCUGGUUUUGCAGUUUCUGUCUUAAUGAAAUUUCUUAAGUUUGCAGUGGACCAAAAAAAAAAACAAAACAAAUAAACCAACAAGAGGAAUCUGAGAGUGAGCCACACACACACACACACAAAAAAAAAACAGUUUCCUGUCCCACAGUGCCAUGUUGCAGAGCAGAAGGAAUGUCAGGGAUUUAUUGUACCUCGGCUUUAUCAUAGUGCCUUAUCCUUAAAUGCAGCUGUCCGUGUAGUCCUGACUGUGUGCUGUAAAGAGCCCACAGCCCCUCUGCAUUGUCCCAGCCACAGGUUUGGCUUUUCUGGUGACUCGUGGCUGGAUUUGGGCUGGCUCAUCAGUGUUGAGACCAAGGGAUGCAGGCACAGACACACCUGUUGUUUUUCUCUGGAUCAGCUCUACUAAGCUUGUUACUUCUCUGAAUCACAGUCUUUAGCCUUGCUCCUGCCCUCACUCUGCCCUCUCGAGGCCUAUUUCUUGCAUUAGCCUUUGCUAUCGGGUGAAGUGUGCGCAUGUAUGUGUGUGUGUGUGUGUGUGUGUGUGCGUGCGUGUGUGAACGUGGAUGCGUGCAGUAGGUCUGCGCUGUGUUUUUAUGUGCAUGUGUAUAUAUGCCUGUGUGUGUCUGCGUGCUUGUGUGUGUAUGUGUUGGAACACAUCCAUCAGUCACCCUACCUCAAACCAGUGGUGCCAGCCCUUUGACGCGUGCAGCACAGUCACCAAACCUUAUUGCACACACACCACUGUACUGCACAAAUCUCAACGCGAUAGAGAAAAUCGGCAUUGCUUUUCUCUCACCUCUGAUACAUUUUUCAUUUCAGUUUUUAGCUCAUGAAAUGCUUCAUUCCUUUGUUCCCUGUUGAAAGAUCAUCUUUGUACAGUGGACCAAAAGUAGAUAUUUUCUGAUAUUCGAAGAGAUAUAUAGAUAUAUAUAUGUAUAGUAUAUAUAAUGAUGAUACACUACAUAUAUUUGUUGCUUUUUUUGUGGUUUGAUCUGAUUGUUUCUAUGUGAAUGUUUCUUUCGGUAGCUCAUCUGUAAUUAGCUCAUAGACUGUGAAAUGAGAAAGGCAUGGAGACUAACUUCUGAUUCAUUAGACUACAUCUAUACUUGAACUGUUAUAGCCUUCUAUGUUGUGGAAAAUAUUGAGAUUAAUCCUCUGAAUAGGAGCAUUUUGUUACUAAAAUAAUUUCGUUCUUAUUUUUUCGUGCACGGUGAAAUGGUCUGAACCGUUUCUCUGCAGGUGUUUAUUUAUUGAUAUUUAUUGUUGUUUUUUUUUGGUUUAAAUGCAUAUGUUAUAAUGGGCACUGAGGAUAAGUCAUGAGUUAUACCACUGCAAAGAGCAGACCUACUGUACAGAAAGACAGUUUUUUUCUUUGUAAGUCAAUGUAGGUUGAUUGAGGUAAAGAGAAAAGGGUUGGCACUGUAUUUGCUGUAAUCACAGCCCUCAAAGGUUCGAAUGCUAGUUUAAAAAAAUCCUUUAAAUACUAGCUGGAUGCAGGAUCUUUGCCAUUUUUUUCUUUUUUUUUGUUUGGUUGUUUUGUUUUGUUGUUGUUGUUAAAGUGUAGGUUGUGUGCCUGUGUAGAAAACAUGCUUAACAGUAAAUAAGAGUGGGGGAAAGUUCAAAAACUUUGUGUCAUUUUAGCCUACUGGGUCAGUGGACUCUCCCUGAUUUUUUUUUUUUUUUUUUUUUUUUUUUUAAUUUGCUGGGUCAUUUCGGUGACACUUUUGGGGGAAUGUGAAAAAUCGAAUCCCCCCAAAGCCACGUUCCUCACUGGUUAAACCUAUGCUACACAUCUGAUACUAUAGCCUUACAAAGACAGACAUUUCAACCCAGCAGGCUUGAAAUGUCUGCCUGACUUCAUCUAGGAACUGAGCGCACACGAAUCUGACUUUCUAACCAUAUUGAUCGACGGACAGUUUGAGAAGUCUGCGAGAAAAGGCCAAUGAACUGCACUGUAAGCAGCUGCAAGUUGGAGGCCUGAGGCAUUUCGUUUACAUCACAUCAGUCUGUGAACACUAUGAACUUGAGCGAGAGAAAGCUCCCGGACUCUUGGAAUUAAACUGUCGAAUGCAAGUUGGGAGAAAGAACUGAAAAAGUUCGAUUAAAAAAAUGAAUGAACCCCAGAUCUCCUCUUCUACUUCCUUUAAAUCCGUGUUCACACAACUGUGAGAAAUGAAAUUUGGCGAGCUCAAACUGUAAAAAGUGAUGGGGUUCUGUCUGUAAAAUUUUAAAAUACAUUGUAAAUCUGGAUGUACUGUUAGGAAUGAAGGUUUUUUGCGAGAUCCACUAUCUUGCCUGUUGCAUUUUUACCUUUCUCUUGCUGAGUUAUUUUUUUAAAAUCAUCAUAUAUAUGAACUGCAACACUGUAGAUGGUACCUUUCAUUAUUUUGUGCCUGACGUGAAAAUGGCUUAAAAGAUGUUUUCUUUGAAUCUCAAUUGUGUGCUUUAGGAUCAUAAGUGCUUUCUGGUUUUGCACACCUGCCAUGUGCUGCUAGAAAACUUGUUUCUCUCAAUCGAAUUCUUACCCCCCCCCCCAUGGACUCAUGUUAAUGCUGCCAACACAAUUGUACUUUAUUUCUCAGUGUCUUUUGAAAAUUGAGAGAUAAGAUUGUUUUUUUUGUAACAGCUGUUUGCAAAUGAGCCCAUUUCCAACCAUGAAAAAAAAACGAGAUAUAAGCUAUUCCUUAACUUGUCAUAGGAGCGAACGCUGAGAAAUGCCUCUUCACCUGGAUAACACGGCAGCUUCACUGACCCAUAGCAGACUCCAGUGCCUUUAAUUUCGCCCCGGCCAGAGCAGAUGGCCUGGGCGACUAUUGGGUCUCUGGUGGGCUACAGAUAGAGGCUACAGAGCAGACAUUUCAUUGCACAGGUGCUGCCACUGAGAAGACACCAGAGCUGAGGAAGCAGAAAGACCUGUCCUCAGACUGGACUAUUUAUUAUUUACUGGAUGUGACACCACAGACACACAGAGUAAAUUACACACGGUAGAUUACCUGCAAACAACUUUUUAUUGUAUAGAACUGGUUAAUGAACCAGGAGAGUUACUGUAAGUAAAAAUGCUCUGAGUUGUUUUCUCAUGAUCGUGAUUUCUUUUGUCAAAUGAUAUUUUCUGAAUGCUGUGACCUAUUUGAGAUUUGUAUUUUUUUUUCUUUUCCUUUUUCUUUUCAAGUGCCAUUUGACAGUCUAGUGAGUCGUGGCCAUCUGUAGCACGCUCUAAUGCAAGCACAAGCAUUUGGCAGUGGCAUUUGGGGAAGGUUUUUAUUUUUGAUUCACCCUAAACAAAAAAUGUGUAUAUAUCAAAAACUGAAAAAGGUAUAUUUAUUUGUGUCCUAAUUAUUUGAUUUGUUCUUUUGGUGAACAUUUUAUUAUCUGAUAUGUUGGCUAAAGUGCUUUUGUGAUCUCCUUUUUUUCCUCUUUUCUGGAUAAUGUAUAGUAUCUGAUAUAAUAUAUACACACAAAUUUCACGUGACUUUCUUUUUGUGUGCCGUUAACUUUUCUUCAUAUAAUGUAUAUUCUCAAAUUGGCAAGCAAACCAAUGUGUGUAGGGUGAUUUGUAUUGUGUAUUUUACAUGAAAAAAAACGAGGACAAUUGGGGGACUUUUAUAUUUACAAAGACAUUAUCAUUUAGUGUGUCGUAUUGAUGAUUAUAGAAACUAUUAAAGACACAUGUAGUUUCGUUUUCUGAAUAUUUCAGAUCUCAGCUCAGGCUAGCUUCUUAGUGUUGUUUUCUUAAAAUUUGUGACUUGUCUUUGCAGUAAUAAACGUUUUCUUGUUCAAA